AUGGAGAAUUUUUUCAAGAAGGUUAAUUAUUCUCAAUCUAGUUCUAGUAAUGUCAAUGUCAAUCGUUCUUGUCUUAUAACUGACCUCGAUUUGGGUUCACUUAAAGCCGAUCCGGGAGAAAGAAGACCUAUUUCUGAUUAUGAUCCUCGAAUACGAGAUAAAGUGAAGAAAUAUUAUAUUGAAAAAGGGCCUUGUCAACCUAUCUUGAAACCAUAUCCUUCAAGUGAAAUAGGAGGUAGAAUGCAUCAAUUUGCUUCAAGUUGGUUUAAAGGUUCACAUUCGACUUGGUUGGAGUAUAGUGUGGAGAAAGAUGUCGCGUAUUGUCUUUGUUGUUAUUUAUUCAAAAAUGAAUUUGUUCAUGAAACUACGGGUGAUUUUUAUGCAUCGGAGGAUUUUAGGGGUUGGAAUAAGGCUCUUGAAAGAUUUCGUUUGCAUGUCGGUAAAGUUAAUAGUGUUCACCACAAAUGUUACAAUAAGAUGCUAGAUUUAUCAAAUCGUCGUCAAUCAAUUCAAGUUGUUCUUGACAAACAUUCUGAAAAGUCAAAAAGUAAGUACCGAAUGCGUUUGGAAGCUUCAAUUAAUGUAGCAAGACUUCUUUUGUAUUAUGGAUUGCCUUUUCGAGGUCAUGAUGAAAGUGAAUCUUCAAGUAAUCAAGGCUACUUUUUAGGAUUUUUGCGGUGGCAUGGAGAUAACCAUCCGGAUGUGGGAAAAGUGAUAUUAGAAAAAGCUCCACAAAAUGAUACUUUGACUUGUCCUAUGAUCCAAAAGGAUAUUGUCAAUGCUUGUGCUAAAGAAACAUUGAAAUUGAUUUUGAUUUUACCCGUCGCUACGACAACUGUUGAAAGAGCAUUCUCUUCCAUGAAGCACAUAAAAAAUGAAGUGCGAAAUAGUAUUGGUGAUCAAUAUUUAAAUGAUUGUUUAGUGUGUUACAUAGAACGUGAUGUGUUUGCAAAUUAUGUUCUUGGGGUUGGAUCAAAUGGUCCAGUAUAUUUGGCUACGCCUUCUUCCUCCAAGAAUUAUGUAAUAGCAACAGCUGUCAAAUCCGCACUAGUUGAAAAGUCGAUUGCAUUAAAAAUAGAACGAAAUAUCUUGAACAAAGUAAAAGGUUCGCCUUACAUGGUUCGAUGCUUCGGUGAAGAUGAAAGUGUGGAAUAUGGUAAAAAGACAUACAAUCUCUUGCUCGAAUGUGCCCCUUGCGGCACAUUAAGAGAUUACAUACUUUUUAAUGGAAAAAUUCCGGAAACAGAGGCAGCGCGCUAUGCGUAUACAUUCAUAAUAAAGGGUAUUCUUAUUGCGAUAUAA